AUGUUGCAGGCGGACGAGUACGAGCGCAAGAUCGAUGGGUAUCUGCCAACCGCGGAGAUUGCGUUCGUGGACGAGAUAUUCAAGGCCAACAGCGCGGUCCUCAACUCCCUCCUCACCAUCAUCAACGAGCGCCUCUUCCACAACGGCACCAACGUCAUCACCGUUCCGCUGAUUUCCAUGAUCGGGGCGUCGAACGAGGUGCCGGCGCAGUCACAGGCGGAGCUGCAGGCGCUGUACGAUCGGUUCCUGGUGCGGAUGUGUGUGGGGUACCUGCGGGACAGCGACAACGACGGAAGGAGUCCUUUCGCGGAAAUGGUCCUGGAGUGCACCGAAGAUGUUGCGCAGCAGGACGUUGCAGAAGCGGCUCUGUCGAUGGCUGACCUCCGCGACAUCGCUGCGAGCGCUGACAAGGUACGCGUUGGCGAGGAGGUCAUGGCGCUGGUGCGGAAGCUACGGAACCGCUUCUCGGGGCAAGAGUGGCAGGUAUCAGAUCGCCGCUGGAAGAAAGCAGUGCGUCUCCUGCGCGUUGCAGCGGCGACCGACGGCAGGGACGAGGUGCGGAGGUGGGACCUGCUGCACCUGACGUCGUGCGUGUGGCACCAGCCGGAGCAGCAGGAGGAGGCGGAGCUAUUCAUCGCGAGCCUGCUGGCCGAGGACUCGGGCGAUGUGCGUCAGACUCUGUCGCACCUGACUCAGCGCAAGGACGUGCUGGACCGGGAGCUCUCUGAGGCGGAGUCGCCCAAGCAGCUCGACCGAGUGCUGACUCAGGUGGAUGCUCUGCACGACGAGCUGGACGCGAAGAUGCAAGCGCUGACAGAGGUCGCGAGCGAAGCCGCGGAGCUCUUCGCGCAGGAUUUGUGGCUUGAUGCGCACCAGCGAGGUGUUUGCUUGAACAUCUUGGGCGAACAGGGGAAGAAGCUCAAGACCCUGAGCAGAUCAUUCUCCGGCCUCGUGGUCAAAGCCGAAGACCGUCUCAAGUCCAUGCGUGCCUUCCUGGCGCCGUCUCACAGUGUCGUGGGUGAUGAAUCCUCGCAAGAGGCGCUGAUCGAGAUGCUGCGAGGUGUUGAGAAGUGGACUGGCCACACACCCAAGCUUCUUACUACCUCUCAGGACGGACGCUGGGCCGAGAAGUGCGUGAGCGGAGGUCCGUUCCUGUUCCUGGUACGGACGCCAGAGCCCUCUGCGGGGCCGUCGGGGGACACCGUGGUCGGGGUGUUGUACUCUGGGCCGUGCAUCGAUUCGCGUGAACGGAAUGAAGGGGACCUGAUCGUUUUCCGACUCAAGAAGAAAGGUCGCGCUGUCAGAUCGGCCUGGCGGGCCAUAAACCAGGCGGUCGAAAUCUCCGCGGGUCCUGAAGGACCCAUACUGUGGCAACCUUCUAUGUACUCCGCUCCUUGCAAGAUUAUCAAGUUCAUCAAAUCAGAUGCAGGCUCGGGUGUCAGUGUCACUCAGUGGCACGACUUGCAGGCCACGGACUGGGAGCCGUGCGAAGGCACCGAGGACACGAACGACACAAACCUGUUCGGCACCGCCUACGACUCGUCCUCGGCCACGUGCUUCUGGGAGCUGUGGGAGCUGUGA